ACUCAAGGUCUGGGGGAGGGAAUGGUUUUUGUCAGUUCCGUAGACAUGUUAAACUAUGACUUUGUCCGGCAACAUUGAAACUUGGUCAUGAGUUUACAUGCAAACUCGACUUUACAGUCUUUAUUAAUUUCACUGACAAUAAACUAAGUAAAUCAAAGAGGGCCUAUAUGUCCUACAGAAUACUUACCAAAGCUGACCUGUCCAAGUUCUAGAUACUGUUAAAUCGUCAGUUUAGAACACACCUGGUCUCAUUCAUAACACUAUAAACUUAAAAUAUGGAAACUACUAUAUUAGUUACAGGGGGUUCUGGUUUAGUGGGAAAUGGGAUUCGACUAGCUCUGGAGAACAUUAACGAUUCCCUCAAACGAAAUAAUGAAAAUUGGAUAUUUUUAUCUUCUAAAGAUGUUGAUCUGACGGACAGUAAUGCUACUCGGGCGUAUUUUGAACGCAUGCGCCCAACCUACGUAAUUCACUUAGCUGCCAAAGUUGGCGGAUUGUUUGCCAAUAUGUCUGACAAUCUUGAAUUCUUUCGCCAAAAUAUGCAUAUUAAUGACAAUGUAUUAUCAAGUAGCCAUGCAGUUGGUGUAAAGAAGGUUAUUUCAUGUCUUUCAACGUGUAUAUUUCCUGAUCGUACAACUUAUCCAAUCGACGAAACUAUGGUACAUAAUGGACCUCCACAUGAUUCUAAUUAUGGAUAUUCUUAUGCUAAGCGCAUGAUUGAUGUAAUGAAUAGAGGGUAUAGCGAGACUUUUGGUGUUCUUUAUACAUCUAUUAUACCUACCAAUGUAUUUGGUCCAUUUGAUAACUUUGAUAUUAAUCAAGGACAUGUUCUUCCUGGUCUUAUUCAUAAAGCAUACUUGGCUAAAAAGAAUGGCGAACCUUUAACUGUUUGGGGUUCUGGUAAGCCAUUGCGUCAGUUUAUUUAUUCCGUUGAUUUGGGUCAUCUCAUCAUAUGGGCUUUACGGGAGUACAACGAUUCUUCUCCAAUCAUACUUUCUGUACCCGAAAGUGAUGAAAUUUCGAUCCGUCAAGCUGCCGAAGCAGUAGCCAAGGCGAUGGAUUGUCCUAAACUCGUUUUUGACACAACUAAAGCGGAUGGUCAGUUUAAGAAAACUGCAAAUGCGUCGAAACUUCGUCAACUUUAUCCUGAUUUUAAAUUCACUCCUUUUGAACAGGCUAUUGAAUAUACUUGCAAAUGGUUCCGUGAAAAUUAUGAAACUAUUCGGUGCUAGUUGUGCUUACAAUUAUCUGUGGAUAUGGCACUAUACGACUAGUUAUUUUCAAUGUAUUUUUAUACUGUUUCACUGUAAUCUGGUUAGCUAUGGAAACAAUAGUUUGAUUUUGAUUUUUGUAAUAACUCAAUCCUAAUAAUAUGUUCUAAAUGUUCAGUUGAAAUAAAUAAUUAUUCGCACAAAUCUGGAUGAACGUCUUUCAUAAUAUGAGCAAUCUACAUCAGUUUGCAUGGCUACGUCGUGUUAUUCUCCAUAAAGCAAUCCACGAGAUUUGUGAUCUAGUAUGUGUCUGAUGC